UUAAAAAAUAAGUUUAAAAAAAAGUUUUAAAAGUUUUAAAAAAUGAGUUUGAGCUAUUAAAAUCAAAAUGCAAAAAGAAAAUAUAAUGAAAAAUAAUAUUGAGAAAUCUGCCCCUGAUGAACUGAGACAAAAGUCUAAUGAAAAUGCUCUGCAUAUUUCGGUGCUUCUGGUGAGCAUAACAAUAAUGAAGCAGUAAGAGUUCAAAUAUUAUACCAAUUUUUUUUUCAUAAAAUUAGCAAAAAUUUUCAUUUUUUACCUUUCAAUCCCCAAUUGAAUCAAAAGUUUUCAGAAAUAGCUUAGGAAACCUAUAAUUAAACAAUCAUAUUAUUUUUUCUGUUUGAUUCAAAAUGUUCAAUUUAGGAUUUCCAUGUUGCUGAAGCUCCUUUUUUCUACAUGCAUUUCUACGAGAUAAGCUCCGCAUCACCACUUCGACAGAUAAGGUUGUUGACGUUUGGCAGCGAAAAAAAAAACAUCAACUGGACUUCUCUCGCUUCAAGCAAUAAUUACUAUACGUUCUCCAUAUGGAGUGACAACGUUUGUUGGGGAGUUUUUUUCCGCUAGAGAAUGAUCCCCUGUCACUUUGAUCUUUACCCUUUAAUCGUUCGGGCAAGAGAAGAAAAACAACAGGCGCUGUCAUAAACAACUGCUGCACCACAAGAAAGCUCUCGUCUUUUAUCGUUCCCUUUACUCCGUCGUCACAAGCGUUUGCUAUAUAAAACAAACAUUCACCAUGAUUUACACUCAAGUUCGCAACGCGGGCAAGCAUGGCAAAGCGCGCCAUGGUGCCGGAACGCAUUCCUGGAAAACCGCUGGUACGCAAGUACUGGGACAAAUUCUUCACCUUCACCAGCACGGUAGAUUAUUUCAAUCUUCUCAACACCUUCGGUACCGUGUUUGCGCUCCACUACCACAGCCCCAACACACGGUGGACGUGGAAAAAGCUGCUCUGGACGGUGUACCGCACGUUCUACCUGCUGUCCUAUCUUUCCUACUGCUACAAAACCUACUGGACGUUCAGCAACUGGGAGUACAGUACCGCGUCGGCUAACGUGCUUGGUGCGCUCGGACUUUGCAGCGGUGCCUUACUGCGGCUAGUACUGGUCGAACUGAACUACCCAACGAUACGCAAGCUGCAAGCAUUUCUAAACGAUCGCACCUAUCUGAACGAGGAUCAGUGGGCACAGGAUCAGCGCUCCCAACUCUAUCGCCACAACAAUCGCUUCCUGGUAGUGCUCAUCUCGGCCAUCACAGUGGAAUCGUUGUGUUUUCUCGCUCGCCUUCUAUUAACACGGCCCGAGUUUAUGUUCCAGUACAAUGGACGCGUGUUGGGCGGACCGGCGGUACAGAUUGUGUACGGAAUGGUGACCGCUUGCUGGGGCAUUAUCUACGUGCUGUCCUUUAUCGGAUUCUAUAUGCUGCUGGCAGUCUUUCGACUUGAGAUGGAACUGUUGGCAAGAUCGUUUCGGCAGCUAGAAGAAACGCUUCUGCCAGAUCAGGAGCGAAUCGAUACAAUGGACCAGGAUCAAACCGAAAGGGCCUGCUGGAACAAACUUCAGGCCGAGCUAACGAUACGCAUCAAACGGCAUGUGGAGCUGCUAGAAAAUCUACGUAUCUUUCGAUCGAUUGUAGCACCGUUUGCGUUUCUGCAGUACUACUGCACGUUCGGCCUGAUAGCGGACUCGUUUUUCGUCGUUUCCUUCGAAGGUUUCACCGGCUACAGUAUGGCGUACGUACUGUUUGCCUCAUUUCUCAUCCUCGAAUCGUUACUGCUCUGCCGGGGAGUGGAAGAUUUGAACGAUUUGAAUCGACAGAUUGGAACGAUCCUGUAUAAUUUCGAUUGGCCUAGACUGUUGCGAUUUUCCGUCCGUUACCGUCACGAGUACCGCAGCGUUCGGCGUACGAUUCUGCUGGUAAUUCUUCAGUCACAGCAAUCGUUAAGGUUCAGUUACGGUGCGCACGGUGAAAUCUCGAUGCACAGUUUCGCGGAACUGAUGCAGAAGAGCUAUUCGAUGCUAACGUUUAUGUUGCAGCUUCAAAACUAGGCAAAGCAUUACGAUGCUCUUACUUUACUACCCUUGUUGGUUGUAAAAACACGGUCAGUGUAACUUGAUGCAUGCGUUUGUUAAUUGCUGACCAUGCUUGAUGGCACAAAGUGCACGGUGUAAUUGCAUUAAAAGAAAGUUUCUGCAGAUAUCUUUUAUAUGCUUUUUUGCUUAGAAAAAGCGACUUCAUAGAGAGAG